AUGGCAGCAAAGUGCCAGGGAUUCCUGUUUCAACUGGACGUCUAUCUGGCCAUCGUGCAACCAGCUCCCUCAGGAAGGGAGAGAGUAGCUGCCCUCAUUUCCUGUCUCACAGGAGCGCUGGAGUGGGCAAACACCGUGUGGAGAGAGGAGGACGCGGCGUUGGACCAGUUCGAGCUGGAACGCAAGGCCCUCAUCGACCACUAUCGAUGCAACCUACGAGAGGAUGUCCGACGUGAGCUGGCCUGCAGGAAUGCCACCAUCUCCUUUGACCAACUGGUGGAUUUGUCCAUCUGGUAUGAUAUCCUGCUGGUCACCUGCGGACAUCCAGAGGACACACUCUGCGUGCCGUGUUGGUUCCUCUGGGAGUCGAGACCAGGUUCCCAGAAUAAGACGGCAGACGCACUGUUCCGGUUGUGUGAUACAGAGGAGCGGCCCAUGGAUCAGACUCCCAUACCCCCGGCCUCCUUCCUGGUAGCGCUGGUCGUAUUUCUAACUGAUUGCGACACUGAGGUCUCCCCUGAGGAGCAAGCAAAGGAGACCCAGCAGAAAGAGAAGAAGAAGAGCAUCCAUCCAGCUGUGGCGGCCCUGCAGCUGUUCACUCUCUUCUGCUGUGGUGGGAAAGUCAAGCUGAGGAAGUCUCGUCCCUCUCACAACAGACAGAGUAGAAAGGACCAGGACAAAGAUGCAUCUGAUACUGGUUCAGACUUGUCUGGAGGUGAUGUUACAACCAAAAGCUUCAAGGACAAGAUUAAUAGAAAGGUGGGGAGGGAGAAAGAAAGGACUGAAGUUCAGCUGUUGAAAUCAUCUCAGGACCAUGAACCCGAAAAUCGAAGGACACCCCGGCAAGUGAAGACCCCUGUGGAGGAAAUUUACAUAAGACCUGACUCUCCGACUCUACCACGUGCCCACAGCUCCCUCUCUCAGUUUUCCCUGGCUCGGAACCUGGCCAUCCUCCCGCUGGAGUGGCAGCUACCCGGAGUCCCUCUGCCCACCUCGUCUAUGGCAACUAAGACAGAGAGAACGCCAUCCUCUACCAACACUUCGACACAUGCGCAGAUGGAAACACAGACAUCAGAUAUGAACACAGACACACAGACCACUUCUACCUCUCAGAGCCAGAUCUCCAUGGUCUCAUCGGAGACCAUGAUAGAUCUUCACACGUCAGACUCCAUUACCCAGACCUCCACUCUUGACAUGGCACUGACCCCUGAGAGCACUAAGGACAUGAUCACUACUGAUGAGGAUGUGAAGGAUGACUCUGCUAAAGAUUUGAUCUCCACCCUAACAGACACCUCUAUGGAGAAAUCCAUCAGUGAGACCAGCCUGAAAGACCUCAUCGCUGAGUAUGAAGAUGACAAUGAGCUGAAGGAUAUGGCUGCCUCCGCUACCCCUGCUACUGAUAAUGCCAAUGAGGAUGCAAUGCUGCUGGAGAUUGCAGGACUUUUUGACUGAUUACAUGUUGACAGUGGAGACCGAGCUGCCUCUGCAUCUCUGAAGAGCCAAUAGGUCUAAUAGACAUUUCAAUGUAGCAAAAGCUAUACUUUGAUCAAUUAAUAAAGCAUAUUUUCUGCAGCAAAUUUCCACUACUGUUGAUAUGUGACGCAGCAUGUUUAGAUUAGACCUAUUUGUUUGAAUUCACCAAAAAUAAUAAAUAUUACUGCCAAGGGAACAAUCAAACUACUACAGGUAGGGGAGAGUGAAUAUAUCAGCAUAGAGUUCAUUUGGACAAUAAUGAUCCAUAAGCAUAUUGCAUUCUGUAAUGUAUGAAAUAACAUUCACCCACAGCGAAUACAAAUCAGACGUGUUCUAUUUUCUCCCUCUGUCCUUCCCUCCCACAUCCUGAUGAGGUUUAGAUCGUCAUGUUAUCCAGCCCUUAAACUGUUUAGCAUUUUAAUAACACCUCACAAACUCAGGGCCUAAUUACCUUUGUUACACAUGCAUCAAAUAGAGUCCUCCUGUCACCACAUAUCUGAGCCACCUGAAGAUGCUUUGUUACUGGUGGGUUUCCAACAGAUUACAGGGAGAUUGGUUAAGUAAGUCAACCUAAAUAAGGAUGGUGGGAACAUCAUCAUACUACAGCACAUCAUUCUCUUUGCCUGUAUUACAGGAGGGGAGGAUAUAUUGGUGUCAUCAGAGUAAUUGAUUAGCACACAUACUGUAUGUGUCAUUUAAUCACCUUGAAUGGUGACAGAAUAGAGAGCUUUGAAACUAUUGAAUUAAGUAUUAAAAUA